UUUUUUUUUUUUUUUUUUUUUUGUGUGCCUUUAGCUAACAGGAAAACAAUUUGUUGUUCCCUUGUUCUACAGUUAGAUGAUAAUUUCUUGAUUCCAGCCUAUUCACAUUCAUAAGCCUCUAUAGCUUGAUACAAUUCCAUUGUCUAUUAUACGUUCUAAAUAUACCUCAAAAAACUAUUGACAUUUUGUCCACAAUCUACUAAUGUCUCAUUCGACAUCUACAGCUAAUUCUAAUAAUAAACUUUCUUCAAGUUGGGACAAUAAACAACAUUCUGAAUUGUCUUUCUUUAAUCGUGUGUUUGGUCACCACUCUUCUUCUGAGUCAUCUCGAGCUGGAUCACCUAUACCAUCGUCAUCAAGUUCAUCUCAUCUCACCAUAACUACUAACACUUCUCCUACAACCAGUGCCCAUAACAACAAACGUAAACAUUCGCGUCAUAACCGUAAUUCUUCUACUGGCCAGUUAUCCACUUACUUAUCGCAUAAAAAUAACUCUGCUACAACCGUUGUUACCGCACCCAUAUCUGUUCUGUCAACUCAACAUAUGAGGCAGCACCAACACCAACAGCAUCGAAGACGUUCAUUCGACAACACUAAACAUACCAAUAUAAUACCCGAUACCUCUAACAUGAAGGAUGUUAUCGCCCCCAGCACUGCAAACUACAACAAUAAAGAGCUAUCACCUAUACCAUAUUCCUCAACAUCUGCCAAAAUCAGCUCCAAACAUCAACAUUAUCAACAACCUUUACCCUUCCCUAGAGGGGGCAGACAAGUAGGAGGCGGAGAUACAUUGCGGCGAAGUAACUCUAUUGAAAGACAGUAUUUUAAGCCGACCACCAACGAACAACCUCAGCAGCAACCGCGGAAAAGGCAUCUUUUCAGAUUUGGAAAGAAGAAAAGUCAUGGUCUUACAAAUCAUGCUAAUCAAUAUCAUGAUUCCUCGAACACCCUUAUUCCACGUAAAGUGUCGAAUGAUAAUGCAAGCUUAUUAAACGAUUUAUCAUCUGCAUCCGAUGUCCAACGCUACUAUUAUCAACAUCAACAAACAAAGGAAGAUCACAAUCAUAAUAAUAAGAAAAAGGGCUCAUCGUUUUCAUCUUCUUCGUCUUCUGCUGCCACAACAAUGAGCAACAGCCAUAACAAUAGUAGCAGUAACAUCAAUUCCAACGGUGGCAGUGGAAACAGUAAAAAGAACCACCACUUCCAUUAUGGCCAUCUUCAUUAUCCUCAUCCACAUAUAUUGCAUCAUCAUCACCAUCAAGGCAGUAGCAGCAGUAGUAAUAGUAACAAUAAAAAUGACAAAGAUUCAUUGUUGCAAUUAAAACUGGACCAAAAUUUUGAAAAAAUGGAUGGGAUUGUCAAUAAGGAGUAUUAUCAUGAGUUAAGCACAGCACCUACUGCUACAGUGUCCCCCAUACCAUCUGUGCUUCAGCAACAAGAGGCUCCUAAGAAUAGUAACUAUGACGUUUUGGAAGCCUGGGCUCCACCCGAUAGUUGGGGCGUACAACUACCUUCUACAACUACAGCAGUGAAUCUACUGGAUGAAGAUACACAGCAGCAGCAACAGCAGCCAUCAGGAGAAUUUGUUGAUUAUCACAUGGAUGUUCAAAAUGAGGCACCGCCUAUAAAAUAUGCAAAUAUCAAGGUGUACAGACCGGAUGAAACCUAUAAUACCCUGCAUGUUCCUUUGGACACAACCGUCAUGGAAAUAUUACAUAAAAUAGCCAACAAAUACUUCAUGUCGCUCGAUAUUAACAAGGUCAACCUCGUCAUGCGAAGACAUAAUAAAGAACGCGUCCUGCACUUACCAGAGCGCCCUUUGCAACUACAAAAAUUAUUGCAAGAACAAAUGGGCUAUAUGGAAAGUGAUAAGAUUGAUGACUGCACUUAUCUCGUCAGAUUCCAAUUGAUGCCUAACAACAUGGCAACAACCACCCCUUCACACCAGUUAUCGCUACAGAACGAAAAAGAUAUGGUGGGUCAACAUAUUGAUUUGCAGUCAAGGUGUCUGAAUACAAUUCCUAUAUUCCUAUAUCACCAUGCACACCGUAUUGUUUCACUCGAUAUUUCCAAAAACCUUCAAAUCAUCAUUCCGCAAGAUUUCGCACAGCAGUGUAGUAGUGCGCACUUCAAACAAUUGUGUAUUGCCGAUAACGAAUAUGUUCAAUUGCCUUCUUCACUGAAACACAUGAUCUCACUAGAACAUUUGAAUAUCUCUGGUAAUAAGCUCAAAGAGCUGGAUCAUGCUGAUCUACAUGUAUUGUCUCAGUUGAGAACUUUGCGAGCUAUCAACAAUAAGUUGGAAGCAUUGCCUGCAUCCUUUGCUACAUGCUUCAAGCGCUUAACAUCCCUUUACAUAUCCAACAAUGCAUUUACAAAGUUUCCUUUGGUCGUCUGUAGUAUCAAUUCUUUAACUUAUUUGGAUGUUAGUUUCAAUAAGAUACAAGUAUUUCCCGACGAAAUCAGCCAGUUAACAAACUUGGUGGGUCUAUAUGCUAUCGCAAACCGUUUAACUGGCGCUUUACCUUUAAGCUUCACUUAUCUGACGAAGCUAAGAGAACUGGAUUUACGUCAAAACUUGAUAUCAGACUUGGAAGUAGUGUCUCAUUUGCCAAGCUUGGAAGUGUUACUCAUGGACUAUAACCCUACCAGCAUCGUUCAUUUUCGACUCAGGAACUUGAGGCAGCUGAAAAUGUAUAAAAAUCACCUUACGCAAUUUAACCUCUCUCUACCAUCUGCGAAUGCUUUAUCCGCUUUGACCGAACUCAAUUUGUCUUGCUGUAAAUUGUCCAGUUUGUCGGAAGACCUCUUCCAUAAUGUUCUCAACUUGGAGCGCCUUAUUUUGGACAGUAAUACCUUAAAUCGUCUUCCUUCCAGCAUUGGUGCCCUACGAAAAUUGGUUAGAUUAUCGAUUCAAAAUAAUAACUUGGAAACACUACCUGAUGAAGUGGGUCAAUUGGCUGAAUUAAGAACAUUGGAUGCUCAGAAAAAUAACUUGAAAGUGUUGCCUCAAGAAAUAUGGUUAUGUGCUUCUCUACAAACAUUGAAUUGUUCUUCCAAUUUAUUGGAAUCUUUUCCAGAACCAAUCUGUAUGACAGCAGUGGCAGUAGCAGCAGCAGCAGCAGCAGCAGCAGCGGCCGCAUCUUCUGCAUCUUCCUCUUUCAGCCAUACCAACAGCCUUUAUGUCAAUACAAACGCGACGGAAUCACCAGCUAUUUCUGACACUACUAGUAGUAUGAAAGCUAGUAGUCGUAAAGCAUCAUUAACAACCGUAACAAUCAAUAACAGCAGCACCGCUACUGCAGCUACUACUGCAUCACAACAACAACAGCAACAGCAAAUGGAUUAUUUCUCCUCGGAUGUACAUUCGCUUGCAACACCCAUAUUGAACAAUAACAACUCCCCCUCAUAUCCUCAUCUGGUAUCGUCUUCCUAUUCAUCUGACCAAGUAAUGGUUCAUCCUCACCAGCAAUUACCUUCACAGCCACAGUCGACCCCCCUGUUACAACCGCCCUCACAACAGACGCAAUUACAACAGCCAAACUUCAAUCCUCCUAGCUUCUUCGCUAGUCCGCGCAAUCAUCCUCCUCCACUCUCUCUUUCACUUCGUCAGCUGUUUUUGGGCGAUAACCGUCUCACUGAUGACGUCUGGUCUCCUCUUUCUCUAUUUCUUGAGUUGAGAACCCUAAAUUUGUCCUUCAAUGAUUUGUACGAGAUCCCCCCGGACGGCCUCUGUCAUCAACAUCUAUACGAACUAUACUUAUCUGGAAACCACUUGACUUCGUUACCUGCCGAUGACAUUGAGCGGCUUCAGUAUCUACGCGUGUUGGCCGUCAACGGCAACAAGUUACAAACAUUGCCUGCUGAAAUUGGCAAGCUACGUAAACUGCUCGUAUUAGAUGUCGGUAACAAUGUUCUGAAAUACAACAUUGCUAAUUGGCCUUAUGAUUGGAACUGGAACUGGAAUUUGGGGUUGAAAUAUCUGAACUUAUCAGGAAAUAAACGCUUAGAAAUACAGAAAAGCACAGCGCAGCUUGUCCCUAGUACAGGUGGAGUAAGCAACGAACAUGAUAUGCAUGUUGAGGCCAACCUGAACGGUACCUCCUCCGUAGGAGCACAUGGAGAUUAUUAUCACCAGCAUCAUUAUCAUCAUCCUUACGCUAUCAACAAGAAACAACAGCAGCAGCAGCAACAAAGAAAGGAUUUAAGUGAUUUUAGUGCUCUUACGCGGCUUCGUAUGCUGGGGCUUAUGGAUAUUACUAUUUUAGGCGUGUCAAUACCAGAGGAAUUCCAUGAUCGACGUGUUCGUACUUCACCUUCUGAGGUGAACCGUAUGUCUUACGGCGUAGCAGAUUGGUUGGGCCCGAGUGAUCAUCUGUCCACUUGGGAUUUGGUAAUGCCUCGUUUCAGGGGAAAGGAUAAUGAAUGUCUAUUUGCUUUAUUUGACGGAUGCCACGGCGGUAGUACCAAUACGACCACGAAUAGUACUACAACGAAUGCGAACAAAUAUCAUCAUCAAAACUAUAAAGGUGGAACAGCAGCUUCGACGGCUUCUACCGCAGCAAUACCAACGACGCAUAUCAAUACAACGAGUGCGGCUAACACUAAUUCUAAUACUAGCUUGAACAGUAGCAAACUGACGAAGGAAUUAAACGAUAUGUUCACCUUACAAUUUACUAAAGAAUUGGCCUCACUUAAAAGUGACGAUACUAUUGUUUCCGCUGUGCGUAGAGCGUUUCUUAGUAUGGAGCAACAUUUAGGCCAACAACAACAACAACUACAAUUACAAAGCCAGCAUAAUUAUCAGCACACAAAUACGAAUUCUUCAUUGCCUUAUCAGCAUCCUUCAUCAUCACCCAACGUUGCUGGCAAUAGUGGUGGGGCUUCAGCUGUUGUUUGUUAUAUUGCAGGUACCAAACUCUAUGUUGCCAAUGUUGGUGAUGCUCUAGCUGUUAUCUCUCGCAACAACGGCCAAGCAUUUGAGAUCACCCAAAAACAUAUUCCUCUGAAUCCUAGUGAAGUGUCCCGUAUUCGUGCAGCUGGAGGUUAUGUUUCUAACUCAGGGCUCCUUAACAAUGAACUGAAUGUGUCGCGGAACUUUGGUCAUUUCCACUUGAUUCCUGCGGUAAACUGUAAUCCAUUCGUGUCCACCAUUGAUUUGGCAGAAAAUGACGAGUUUGUAAUUAUCGCAUCGAGAGGAUUAUGGGACAGGAUGACGUACCAGACAGCGGUCGAUAUUGCACGAACGGAAAAGGAUGAUUUGAUGGCAGCAGCACAAAAACUAAGGGAUUUUGCUAUAACCUAUGGUGCGAAUGAUAAUCUAAUGGUGAUGGUGAUCGGUGUCGGCGACUUGUUCAUGAAUAAACGUGGAAAUAAAAGAUACAACAAGUAUAACAACCGUAGUAACGCGGGAGCCGGAAGAGUUAUCGGUGGCGGUAGCAAUGGUAGUGGAUCAGGUGUAGAUAUAUUGGAUGAUGGAAUGAUGGUAAAGAGUAGCAAUAAACGAAAUAGAGGAAAAGAAGAAAUACCCGUGGAUUCCACACUGGCCAGAUUAGAAAGAGAAGUGGCACCUCCUAUUGAUGAAUUGGCACUUGUGUUUACUGAUAUCAAAAGCUCUACUCAAUUUUGGGAAACGCAACCUGAAAACAUGCGGGCCGCCAUCAAGAUUCACGAUGCUAUUAUGCGUCGUACACUACGUAGUGUUGGUGGCUAUGAAGUGAAAACGGAAGGUGAUGCGUUUAUGGUCUGUUUCAAAAACAUAACAGCUGCUCUUUUAUGGUGUUUUACUGUCCAGCUUCAGUUGUUAGAAGCUGACUGGCCGGCAGGAAUAUUGGAUACAGAAGAAGGUCGUGAAAUAGAAAAAGAUGGCGUCAUAGUUUAUCGUGGACUUUCCGUUCGAAUGGGUAUCCAUUUUGGUUCACCUGUAUUUGAACGAAAUCCAAUUACGAAGAGAAUGGAUUAUUUCGGUCCUGUGGUGAAUAAAGCAAGUCGAAUUUGUAAUGCUGCCGAUGGUGGACAGAUUUGUGUUUCUAUGGACGUGAUAACGGCAUUGAGAAAUUUCCCUAGUAUGUUUGAACAACAGCAAGAGGCUAUGUUAGGAAAUCAAAGUCGGCAUAAUAGCAGUAGUAGCAAUGGCCUUGAGCCUACAACGACAAUGAUCUCUAUUGCUGCUAAUGACGACUUCUUGGACAGCUUCCCUAUCAAUCGAGAUUUGAUACAAUUGAAGCAAUUGGGUUUCCAUGUGGUUGAACUAGGUGAACGUCGUUUAAAGGGAUUAGAAACGCCAGAAACUCUAAGUUUGGUUUACCCAAAACAACUAUUGAGCCGUAUCGAAGUAGAUAAAAGUCAGGCUAUUACUGCUACUGCGAAUACCGCUGCUAAUAAUGGAAACAACGUUACAAUGUCGGCUAUAGCUACAGCAACAACAACAGGCGCCAGCAGUGUCGUAUCAGCCAAAGAACUCGGAACGUCCUCGCUAGGGGUUUCGCCUAGUGUAUCAAAUACGAACAGUAUAGGUCCUGCGUCGCUUCUUACAAGCCCUGAACUAAAUGCUAGCCAAGCCUCGACUGAUUAUUUGUCUCCGCGCCCAUUUAUAAAUGGUAAUAGCAGCAACAGGAAGGCAAUUCGUACCAUUGAUCCAAAUUUGGUCUGUGCUAUGAGUAAUCUGGCUAUACGAUUAGAACGCUUAACUUCUGGAAAUGUACAACUCACACGGCAUCAAGCAGGCAGCACCAUAAACAAUCAGUACACUCUUCAACAACAACAGAACUCUUCUUCUACCAGUUUGUUAGAUACCACCACCAGUAACAAUAACUCAAUGAUACCAUAUACUAAAAGUACAGCCUUUAAUGGUCUUGGAUUAAUGUUGGAUAGACACUUACGAGAAGAUGCUACGGAUGAAGAACUGAUCAUGAUGAUGGAAAACUGUGUAACGCGAGUCGAAAAUGCUGUUUCUUCUUUAUAUUUGUCAAAAAUGGGACGCUUUGCUAAUGUAUUAGAGAAACUAGCUGAAGCUACCAAUUUGGAUGAUUCCCAUAUUUUGAAAGCUUUACAAAUGUACGCUGAGAUUCAAAAGCAACAAGAGCAAGACGAACAAGUUAAAUUAUAGUUUCAUUCGCCCUCAUACCAACACUUUACACUUAUAUCCAUUAUUCAUAUCACUUAUACUGUAUCAUAUAACAUAAAAUAAAUAGUAAUUUA